ACAAUUUCGCAUUAUUAUUUAAUAAAUUUUAAUUUUUAACUAGUAAUCUAUUAUUUUCUUCGCAAUACGGCUGUACAAACCCUUUGUUUACUGACGAUAGUGAAACUCUAGCGGGACUGUCACCACGUAGAGCGCGUGAACAAACAUAACGUUAUAUUGACAACCGACGGUGACAGCUCUCGGUUCAUUAGCAGGCGACUCUUCGUUUAACGGCUUAACUCGACGUUUGCUCAAAUGAUCAAGACUGUAUUUUACUGACCCGAUUAAUGUCGGAUUAUAAAAGGAAUGACUGAAGAUGAAUGCUAACUCGAGUCAUGAUGUGGGAUGUGCUGGGAAGCUCCCUAGAUUGCCUCCUCUGCCCGCAUCCCAGAAGUCCUGUGACCUGUAUGAGAUUUAUCUCCAUAACAGUCAAUACCCGGCCCUCCUGCAGAAUCACUCUCGGACUCUCGCGGUUCCCUACAAGGAGCUGCGGCACCACCGGAGUCCCUCAGAGUCUAUUGGGAACAACUACAGUCCGAGAGGCCAAAACCUGAAAAUCCAGCAUCUGCAGCGCAGGCAUCAGUGCCCUCCAGUUGCGUACCACAGUGAUUCUGCAGUUGUGAGGAAGCGACAACCUGCGACCCAUGGACACAGAACACCUGUCGUUCGCAAAAGCCGUCCUUUGUCACCGAACCAGCAGCUUGAAAUCAUGAGGCGUGAGGAGACACGAAGUCUAAGGGAACAGACGGAGCCUACAGAGAGAGAUUUAGAGAGGUAUGUGUACUAUAUCACUGAGGGUGUUUAUGGCCACAUGUUGACCCCGCAGCCACCAGAGCAGAUCACCGCUGUCCUGAAGCUGCUGCCCAGCCGUUUCCAAGGUGACGAGCGGAAGAUGCAGAGGAUGCAGGAGGAUCUUCUGGAGGAGGUCCAGAGAGACUAUGAAUUCAGUCUCCGCAAGAGCAUUGUUGAUUAUAUCCUGCUAGAUCCAGCGGAGCGAGAGCGUCUGUCAGUCUCUGCUGUCCCCCGGCCGUUCCCGUCCUGUGUCAUCCGUGCGCCUGUUCCCUGGUCUGAGAGCUACCGAGAGGCUCACAGCUGGCAGACGGAGAACCUCUGCACCGUCAACCCUAUGAUGCUCCUUGUACAGGAUCUCUGGAUGAGCAGUUUCACGUCUCUGCGGUUUGUGCGUUUGGACGAUCUGCUCUCAGCCGAUCUUCCGCUCUUGCCAGCAGAGUUUGAGGAGCUGGUGCGGCGACAGUGUCAGAACACCCGAGAUGAACUACUUAACACUUGGCUGCCCCGCUGUGCUUCUCUUUUUGUGACCUUUAAAGACUCCUGGUUGCCACUGGUCCCAAAGAAAGCGAGCAUCUCCCCGGUAAAGGCACAGAAACUCUUCUACAGUGUGGCUGCUCUGAUGUCACUGCAGCUGCGCAGUCUGGUGGUGGCAUCGCUGCAGGAUCUGCUGCAGUUUUUCCAGCUACAUCAGGAUGGUAAUGAUUUUGGGGAGUAUUUUGAUGAGCUGAAGUACACGCAGCGUCCAUUGUUACUGGUGAAAUUGAGACUUGAGGACCCCAAAAUUGCAUUUGAGCCUUCACUUGAGAGCUGCUGGGAGCUCAUACAGCAGGCAUUCACACAGAUCAUCGACAGCGCCCACAACAUACCCCGGGUGGAGUGUAAGCUUUUCUCAGAGGUGGGAGAAACUCUAAUGCUACGCACAGUGAGACACGAUGAGAUGCUGGUGACAGACAUCGUGAACAGAGCCAGGGAGAUCUUUCAGAGGAACACCGCUGGGCCCCAGAGGUAUCUGGAUGUGUAUAAGAAGUACACUGAUUUACUGGACCGUCAGGACAUACUGAACUUCCUCAAAGCCAAACACUCACUGCAGGGCUUUACUAAGCAAAUCACAGGUGUGCAGAAUUUGUGGACGGAGAUUGCGUCGCUGCAUGCGACUGUUCCACUGUCCCUGAUCUGUCUGGAUGCGGUGAACCUGAACCAAGAUCUGUGUGACAAGGCAGACCAUCUCAUAGAUCUUCUCACAACAUUUGUGAUGGAGGAGAACCGAGAACUCAACAAGAGUAUAUGCCGUCGUUACGAUGAGAUUAUGGACAGAAUCACAAGCAAGCUGAGUACCACAGAGGAGCUGGUAGAGUUAAACCAGUACCUGAGACACACAAGUGAAGUCACCAUACACAAACUCCGCCAUGAGAUCGAGGAAGCUGUCAAGAGACUCGACUUCCUGCUCGACUACGCCACCCUUCCAGAGGAGGAUAUGAAGUUGUUUAGCACUUUGAUCCACUGGCCUGAACAGAUUCUGUCUUCGAUUGAAGUCAGUAAGGAUAAACUGAACAAUCAGAAAGAUCAGGCUGAGAUCAAUCUGAUUAAAAGAAUAGGGAAGUUGGAAGAGACGCUGAAGGGCCUGGAAAAAGAGGUGGACAUCUUUAAGAUGAAAGAAAAGAUGACUUUGGAGGAGAGCAAGAUCAAUGUGGAGAAACUCAAUAAGAUCAGCGUCAGCCUGGAGGCCGCUGUCAAAGAGAUAGAGUGCAUUAAUAAAGAAGAAGGUUUGCUGGACAAAGAACAGAGUCAGUUUCCCACCUUACAGACAAUAAUGGCCAAAAAACAGCCGUAUGACCAGCUGUGGAUCACGGCUCUUGAUUUUCAGACCAAAUCUGAUGUGUGGAUGAAUGGUCCAUUCCGGCAACUGAAUGCAGAAACAGUAUCAGAGGAGUUGGGAAACAUGUGGCGCACCAUGUACAAACUCGCAAAGCUCUUCUCAGAUCGGACGUCUCCGGGGCGUGUCACAGAAAACUUCAAGAAAAAGAUUGACAAAUUCAAACAACACCUUCCCAUUCUGACAACUAUCUGCAAUCCAGGCCUGAAGGACAGACACUGGGAGAUGAUCAGUAAUACAGUGGGAUUUGAUGUUAAACCGGACAAGGACACCUCACUUCUCAAGAUGGUGGAGCUCGGAUUGUCGGAGUAUUCAGAAAAGCUGGAGGAAAUCGGUGCAUCCGCCAGUAAGGAAUUCUCUCUGGAAAAGUCUCUGGAGAAAAUGAAACAAGAGUGGGCAGAGCUCCGCUUUGGGUUUUCCCUGUAUAAGGACACGGGUACAAGUGUUUUAUCGGCGGUAGAUGAUAUUCAGCUGCUGUUGGACGAUCACAUUAUCAAGACUCAGACUAUGAGAGGAUCUCCAUUCAUCAAGCCAAUCGAGGCCGAUGCAAAGACCUGGGAGGAGAAGUUGCAGAGCAUGCAGGAUAUAUUGGACGCGAUGUUGCAGUGUCAAAGCAUGUGGAUGUAUCUCGAGCCCAUCUUCAGCUCAGAGGACAUCAUUGCUCAGAUGCCAGAGAACGGACGCAAGUUCGCCAUCGUAGACAGUUACUGGAAAAACAUUGUCGCUGAAGCGUUGAAGGACACACGUUCGCUGGUGGCCACAGAGCAGCCCAACAUGUUGGGUCGCCUUCAGGAGUCCAACACUUUCCUGGAGGAAAUACAGCAGGGUCUGAACUCAUACCUGGAAACAAAGAGACUCUUCUUCCCUCGGUUUUUCUUCCUGUCUAAUGAUGAGAUGUUGGAGAUCUUGUCUGAGACGAAGGAUCCGCUGCGUGUCCAGCCUCAUCUUAAGAAGUGUUUUGAGGGCAUCGCUAAGCUAGAAUUCACCCCUGAUCUGGAGAUCACAGGAAUGAUCAGCUCAGAGAAAGAGAUCGUUCCCUUAAUAGAGACCAUCUACCCAGCUAAAGCCAAGGUACAGAUUGAGAAGUGGCUUCUGCAGGUUGAAAACACAAUGCUGAUGAGCAUCAGAGGCGUCAUAAAACAAGGAAUGGAGCAGUACUCAGAGAUGCCCAGGAAGAAGUGGGUGCUGCUGUGGCCUGGUCAAGUCGUGAUCUGUGCGUCCUGUAUCUUCUGGACCAGUGAAGUAUCUGACGCCAUACAGAACAACACUCUUCCUGCUUAUGUUGACCAGAGUAAUGCUCAGAUCGCUGAUAUAGUCGAGCUGGUGAGAGGGAAGUUGCCAGGUGGGGCCAGGAUGACUCUGGGAGCUCUUAUUGUCAUUGAUGUUCACGCACGUGAUGUUGUGUGCAAGCUGUCACAGGAUGGCGUUUCGUCUCUGAAUGAUUUCCAGUGGAUUUCCCAGCUGCGGUAUUUCUGGGAGGACGGAGAGGUCAUGCUGCGGAUGAUCACCACCGUGAUCAGAUACGGAUACGAAUAUCUCGGCAACUCACCGCGUCUGGUCAUAACACCACUAACUGACCGCUGCUACAGGACUCUGAUGGGCGCUCUGAAGCUGAAUCUUGGCGGGGCUCCAGAAGGUCCUGCAGGAACUGGAAAAACAGAGACGACCAAAGAUCUGGCCAAAGCGCUGGCCAAACAGUGUGUGGUGUUCAACUGUUCUGAUGGUCUGGACUACAAAGCGAUGAGUAAAUUUUUCAAGGGUCUAGCACAGUCCGGAGCGUGGGCAUGUUUCGACGAGUUCAACCGGAUAGAGGUAGAGGUGUUGUCUGUGGUCGCCCAGCAGAUUUUGAGCAUUCAGCAGGCCGUAAUGCGAAACAUGAAGACGUUUAUGUUCGAGGGAACCGAGCUCUCUCUCAAUCCCACCUGCUGUGUGUUUAUCACCAUGAACCCGGGAUACGCAGGCAGAGCAGAGCUGCCUGAUAACCUGAAAGCUUUGUUCCGUACAGUUGCAAUGAUGGUUCCAGAUUAUGGACUGAUUGGAGAGAUAUCACUUUAUUCGAUGGGAUUCACAGCAUCCCGGAGCCUGGCUCAGAAGAUCGUGGCGACGUAUCGCCUGUGCUCUGAGCAGCUCUCGUCUCAACCGCACUACGAUUAUGGGAUGCGUGCGGUAAAAUCAGUCCUGACUGCAGCGGGAAACCUGAAACUCAAAUACCCAGAAGAGGACGAGAGCGUUUUGCUGCUCAGAGCUCUCAUGGAUGUCAACAUGGCCAAGUUCCUCGCGCAGGAUUUACCACUGUUUCAGGUGUGUAGAUGUCAAUUACAUAUUCAUUUUUGCAUGUGGUUAUUAUUGAUUUGUGUUUGUGUGUGUUUAGGGAUCAUCACUGAUUUGUUUCCUGGAGUGAUCCUGCCCAAACCAGAUUAUGAGUUACUGUUAAAAGCUUUGGAUGACAACAUCGCCAAGAUGAAACUGCAGCCCGUACCGUGGUUCAUUGGCAAAAUUAUACAAGUGUAUGAGAUGAUGCUCGUCAGACACGGCUUCAUGAUUGUUGGCGAGCCUAUGGGUGGAAAAACUUCAGCUUAUAAAGUUCUGGCUGGAGCUUUGGGAGACCUUUAUAAGGAAGGUCUGAUGGAAGAGUUUGCGGUAGAUUUCCGCAUCAUUAAUCCGAAGGCGAUCACCAUGGGGCAGCUGUAUGGCUGUUUUGAUCCAGUGAGUCACGAGUGGUCAGACGGCGUUUUGGCCACCUCAUUCAGACAACAGGCCCAGUGCACCGCAGACGACCGCCAGUGGAUCAUAUUCGAUGGGCCAAUCGACGCUGUCUGGAUUGAGAACAUGAACACCGUUUUGGACGAUAACAAGAAGCUGUGCCUGAUGAGUGGUGAGAUCAUUCAGAUGAGUCCUAAAAUGAGUCUGAUCUUUGAGCCUGCGGAUCUGGAGCAGGCGUCACCCGCUACUGUGAGCAGGUGAACAACGAACACUCAGCUCCACAUUGUUCAAGUAAAACAAUACAGAGCCCAUUCAUUUGCUUCCAUUAGAGUGUCCUACAUGAACACAUUACCUGAGAGCCUGGCAGACGAGCACAGAACCCUGAUUACUGAUCUCUUCAACUGGCUGGUUCAACCUUGUUUGGACUUUAUUUACCACGAGUGUGGAUUCUUAGUACAGACGUCACCUAUUCACCUGGCCUAUAGUCUGAUGCGCCUGUACACCUGCCUACUAGAUGAGAUUUUUCAGUCAGGACAGGAAGGAGCAGAAUCUAUGACGAGUCAGCAGGUGACGCUGUGGCUUCAGGCCCUGUUUGUGUUCGCUGUGGUCUGGAGUUUGGGAGGAACCAUCAACGGCAACAGCAGGAAGAAGUUCGACAUCUUCUACCGAAACCUUAUCAUGAGCACAAACACAGAUCACCCGCGACCCCAGAGUGUGAAACUCACUAAGAGCAACGUGUUCCCAGAGAGAGGCACCGUCUAUGAUUAUUAUUUCCAUAAGCAGGGUCCCGGUCAGUGGAACAGCUGGACCGAAUCCAUCACUAAAGAAGACAAAGUCAUACCUGCCGGCGCAAAAGUGUCUGAUCUUAUCAUACCCACGGCAGAAACAUCACGCCAGCUCUUCUUCCUCAGGACGUAUCUGUCACACGAGGUGCCCACACUGAUCGUGGGACCCACAGGAACCGGAAAGUCUGUGAUCAACAACAACUUCCUAAUGUCGCUUCCCAAGGAGCACUACACUCCCAUCUGCAUCAACUUCUCCGCCCGGACCUCUGCCAACCAAACCCAGGACAUCAUCAUGUCUAAGCUGGACCGCCGCCGCAGGGGCGUGUUUGGGCCACCGAUGGGGAAGAAAUGCAUCAUCUAUGUUGAUGAUCUGAACAUGCCUGCAAAGGAGAUAUACGGUGCUCAGCCGCCCAUUGAACUGCUGCGCCAGUGGAUCGAUCAUCAUCACUGGUAUGAUAAAAAAGACACGUCCAGACUGGACAUUGAGGAUGUUCUGUAUAUGUCUGCUAUGGGGCCCCCUGGUGGAGGGAGAAACGACAUUACAGGACGAUUUACACGUCACUUAAAUAUUAUAUCGAUUGAUACAUUCGAUGAUGAGACUCUAAGCAACAUCUUCACAUCCAUCACCGACUGGCACUUCAGCAAUGGUUUUGAUGCCUCUUUCUACAGGUUGGGUAAAAUCAUGAUUCAAGCUACGAUUGCAGUAUAUAAAGAUGCAAUCGAGAGUUUCCUCCCAACACCAUCUAAAUCUCAUUAUAUUUUCAAUCUGCGAGAUUUUGCGAGGGUGAUUAGGGGCGUAAUGCUCUGUCCAUCAACACACAUGCAGGAAGGUGAUAAACUAAUCCGCUUAUGGAUCCAUGAGGUGUAUCGCGUGUUUUACGAUCGGCUGAUUGAUAAUGACGACAGAGAGAAAUUUUUUAACAUUGUGAAAGAAAGGACAGCAGAAUAUUUCAAACAAAGCAUCGAUAAGCUCCUCAGUCAUCUCACUCUGUCUGGUAAAGUUGAAGAUGACAGCAUUCGCAGCCUGUUUUUUGGUGACUACGCCAAACCAGACUCGGCCAGCAAACCAUACGACGAGAUCACAGAUCUGAGUACAUUAACGGAGGUGAUGGAUUUCUACCUCAGGGAGUUUAAUAACAUCAGCAAAGCGCCCAUGAACCUCGUCAUGUUUCAGUUCGCCAUCGAACACAUCUCACGAAUCUGCCGUGUGCUGAAACAAGACAACGGCCACCUGCUGCUGGUUGGCAUCGGUGGAUCGGGGCGACAGAGCGCCACCAAACUCGCCACCUUCAUCAAUGACUACGAGCUGUUCCAGAUCGAACUGACCAAGAACUACAGCAUGUCAGACUGGCGUGACAAUCUGAAGCACCUGAUGCUGAAAGCAGGGAUCGAGGGGAAGAAAACAACGUUUCUCUUUAGCGACAACCAGAUCAAGGACGAAGCCUUCGUUGAGGACAUCAACAUGCUGCUGAACACAGGAGACGUGCCAAACAUCUUCCCAUCAGACGAGCGUGCUGACAUCAUCGAAAAAAUGCAGGGAAUAGCCCAAAUGGAAGGGAAGAAGAUGGACAUCACACCGCUCUCCAUGUACAACUUCUUUAUCGACAGAGUUAAAGCCAACCUUCAUAUAGUUCUUGCAAUGAGCCCAAUAGGUGAAGGCUUCCGCAAUCGUCUGAGGAUGUUCCCAUCUUUGAUUAACUGCUGCACCAUAGACUGGUUUCAGGCCUGGCCCAAAGACGCUCUGGAGAUGGUUGCCAACAAGUUCCUUGAGGAUCUGGACAUGGAAGACAACAUCAGGAUGGAGGUGGUGGAAAUGUGUAAGAUGUUCCAGGAGAGUGUCAGAGAGCUGUCUGAGCGCUACUACUCCCAGCUGCGCAGACAUAAUUACGUGACUCCUACCUCCUACCUGGAGCUCAUCCUGACCUUUAAAGCCUUGCUUAACUCCAAACGCAGUGAAGUUAAUGAGCUCAGGAAUCGAUACGUAGUUGGCUUGCAGAAACUUGACUUUGCUGCUUCUCAGGUAGCGGUCAUGCAGCAGGAGCUUACAGCUCUUCAGCCAGAACUGAUCGAGACAGCCAAACAGACCGAUCAGAUGAUGGUGAAGAUAGAGAAAGAGACGGUGGAGGUGGAUGCUAAGAAAGAGCUUGUCAGUGCUGAUGAGAAAGUCGCCAAUGAAGCAGCAGCUGCUGCUAAAGCCAUCAAGGAUGAGUGUGAGGGAGAUCUUGCAGAAGCGAUGCCAGCGCUGGAAGCGGCUCUCGCUGCUCUAGACACACUGAAGCCGGCUGAUAUUACCGUCUUGAAGACGAUGCAGAAUCCUCCUGGUGCUGUCAAACUGGUCAUGGAGUCCAUCUGCGUCAUGAAGGGCAUUAAACCCGAGAGGAAACAAGACCCCGGUGGAUCAGGAAAGAUGGUUGAGGAUUUCUGGGGACCAUCUAAGAAGCUUCUUGGUGACAUGAAGUUCCUCGAGAGCCUUAAGACGUUCGAUAAAGACAACAUACCUGCACCUAACAUUAAGAAGAUCAGAGAAAAGUUCAUAGACCACCCAGAAUUUCAGCCUUCAGUAAUCAAAAGCGUGUCUUCUGCUUGCGAGGGCCUUUGCAAAUGGGUGCGUGCCAUGGAAGUAUACGAACGUGUGGCGAAAGUCGUUGCCCCCAAGCAAGUGAGAUUAAAGGAAGCAGAGGAGGAGUUAGCCGUGCAGAUGCAGAUGUUAUCUGUGAAACGUGCCGAGCUGAAAGAGGUGGAGGACCGUCUGCAGGCACUGAAUGACACAUUCGACGGGAUGAUACAGAAGAAAAAAGACUUAGAAGCAAACAUAGAGCUCUGUUCCCAAAAGCUAAUACGAGCUGAAAAACUAAUCGGUGGUCUGGGAGGAGAAAAAGACAGGUGGACGGAGGCUGCUCGGCUCCUUGGCAUCAAAUACACCAACCUUACCGGCGACGUGCUUUUGUCCUCGGCUAUGGUGUCGUAUCUUGGCGCGUUCACUGUCGAUUACCGUGUGGAGUGUCAGCGAGAGUGGCACAAGCUGUGCAAUGAGAAAAACAUACCAUGUUCGAAGGAUUUCACACUUAGCAACACUCUCGGAAACCAGGUGCUGAUCCGAUCGUGGCAGAUCGCCGGAUUACCAGUGGACGCGUUUUCCACCGACAACGGAAUUAUUGUCUCAAACUCUCGCCGUUGGCCUCUCAUGAUCGACCCACAGGGACAAGCCAACAAAUGGGUCAAAAACAUGAACAAGGCCAAUAAACUGUCCAUCAUCAAGCUCUCAGACAGCAACUAUGUUCGUACCCUCGAGAACGCCAUCCAGUUCGGCACGCCAGUCCUCUUGGAGAACGUUGGGGAGGAGCUGGAUGCAAUUUUAGAGCCGGUUCUACUAAAACAGACCUUUAAGCAGCAGGGCGUGGAGUAUAUGAAACUUGGCGAAAACACUGUGGAGUACUCGAACGAUUUCCGGUUCUACAUCACAACCGGAUUGAGGAAUCCACAUUACUUGCCGGAGGUGGCGGUGAAAGUGUGUCUUUUGAACUUCAUGAUCACGCCGUUGGGUCUCGAGGAUCAGCUUCUGGGGAUCGUCGCCGCUAAAGAGAAGCCAGAACUCGAGGAGAAGAAAAACCAGCUGAUUCUCGAAAGCGCAGCCAACAAUAAGCAGCUGAAGGAGAUCGAGAACAAAAUCCUGGAGGUUCUUUCUUCCUCUGAAGGGAACAUCCUAGAAGACGAAACCGCUAUUAAGGUUCUCUCGUCAUCUAAAAUAUUGUCAGAGGAGAUUUCCGAGAAGCAGAAAAUUGCGAGCGUGACUGAAAACGAGAUUGACGAAACUCGAAUGGGUUACCGGCCGGUUGCAGAACACUCAUCCAUUCUGUUCUUUUGCAUCUCGGAUCUGGCGAACAUCGAUCCCAUGUACCAAUACUCUCUCACGUGGUUCAUCAAUCUGUACCUGCAAUCCAUCGCUCACAGCGCGCCUAGCGAUGACCUACAGAUCCGCAUCGCUAACAUCUUGGAUCACUUCACCAUGCGCGUUUAUUAUAAUGUGUGCCGCUCUCUGUUUGAGAAGGACAAGCUGCUGUUCUCUUUGCUUCUGACUGUCGGUAUUAUGCAGGGCAAAGGUCAGGUCGACGACCUCGUCUGGCGCUUUCUUCUCACCGGAGGCGUUGCUCUGGAAAACCCUUACCCCAACCCGGCCCCUGAGUGGCUUUCGGAUAAAUCAUGGUCCGAAGUGGUUCGGGCUUCUCGACUUCCUUGCCUCGAAGGAUUGUUUGAACACGUGCAGGAGAAUAUCGCAGAGUGGAAGCAGAUUUACGACUCGGGUCAUCCGCAGGACGAGGAGUUACCCGGGAAAUGGCGAACAGUAGUGGGCAUGGAGCGCAUGGUGGUGCUGCGCUGCUUCAGACCGGAUAAACUUGUGCUGGCGGUACAACAGUUCAUCGUCGACAAUAUGAGCCGGACAUACAUUGAGCCACCAACCUUUGACCUGGCGGAGAGCUACAGUGACUCCAACUGCUGUUCACCACUUAUCUUCGUCCUUUCUCCAGGAUCAGACCCUACAGCCGGACUCCUGAAGUUUGCAGAUGACUUGGGCAUGGGCAGCAGUAAGACGCAGACGAUCUCUCUGGGUCAGGGUCAAGGUCCAGUAGCUGAGCAGCUGAUCAGAGCAGCGCUGACCGACGGCACCUGGGUCGUGCUGCAGAACUGUCACCUCGCGACCAGCUGGAUGCCAACGCUGGAGAAGAUUUGUGAGGAGGUCAUCACACCUGAAAACACACCCACCAGUUUCAGGUUGUGGUUAACCAGUCAGCCGUCAGACAAGUUUCCAGUGAGUGUUUUGCAGAAUGGGGUGAAGAUGACGAACGAGCCUCCCAAAGGACUGAGGGCAAAUUUACUGCGUUCUUACCUCAGCGACCCCAUCUCAGACCCUGCCUUCUUCAGCAGCUCCGCUAAGCAAGACGUCUGGCAGAAGCUGCUGUUCGGCCUUUGUUUCUUCCACGCUCUGGUCCAGGAGAGGAGAACAUUCGGCCCACUCGGUUGGAAUAUUCCAUAUGAGUUUAAUGAGUCUGAUCUGAGAAUCAGCAUUCGUCAGAUCCAGAUGUUUCUGGAUGAGUAUGAGGAGGUUCCGCUGGAGGCCCUCACUUACCUGACAGGAGAGUGUAAUUAUGGUGGGAGGGUGACAGACGAUAAGGACCGGAGACUGCUGAUGUCCCUCCUCUCCAUCUUCUACAGCUGGGAGCUCAUUGAACAGGACCAGUAUUGUGUGUGUGAGGGAGAUCUGUACUAUGUGCCAUCACACGGCCCAUACCAGAGUUACGUGGACUACAUCCGCAACCUUCCCAUCACUGCUGAACCUGAGGUCUUCGGCCUCCACAGCAACGCUAACAUCACCAAAGACAACCAGGAGACCAAUCAGCUGUUAGAUGGAGUGCUGCUGACUCUGCCGAGACAAACUAGCGGCGGAGCCAAAUCACCACAGGAAAUAGUGGACGAGCUGGCCGGGGGAAUGCUGGCCAAACUCCCUCCUGAUUUCGACAUUGAGAUGGUGACCAAUAAAUACCCUCUCCUUUAUGAGGAGUCGAUGAACACCGUCUUACGGCAGGAACUUAUUCGCUUCAACAGGCUGUCAAAGGUGGUCCGUAGCAGCCUGAUAAACACCCAGAAGGCACUUCGGGGGCAGGUUGUGAUGUCAUCUGAGCUGGAGAAUGUCUUCAACAGUCUUCUCGUUGGGAAAGUGCCAGCCAUGUGGGCCGCAAAGUCCUACCCUUCCCUCAAACCCCUCGGAAGCUAUGUGUCCGACUUUCUCGCCAGACUGCAGUUCCUGCAGGACUGGAUUGAUAAUGGCCCUCCAUCUGUGUUCUGGAUAUCUGCGUUUUAUUUCACUCAGUCAUUCCUCACUGGUGUGUCUCAGAAUUUCGCUCGCAAGUACACCAUCCCCAUUGACUACAUCGGCUUUGAGUUUGAGGUCUGUAAACAGGAAACUCACAUGGAGCAGAAGCCGGAGGAUGGUGCGUACGUCCGUGGUCUUUUCCUUGAGGGAGCGCGCUGGGAUCGAGAGCACAUGGUUAUCGGUGAGUCUGUUCCUAAAGUCCUCUUCGACACGCUGCCCAUAAUCUGGCUGAAGCCCGGAGAGAGCGCCAGCUUCCUGCACGAGAGUGUUUACGUCUGCCCCGUGUACAAGACCAGCGCCAGGCGUGGGACUCUCUCCACCACUGGUCACUCCACAAACUACGUGCUGUCCAUCGAGCUGCCCUCGGACAAGCCGCAGAAACACUGGAUCAACCGCGGCGUCGCCUGCCUCUGCCAACUAGACAACUGAGCAUAUCAGAGCUUGCAUUUAUGUUUACAUGUUAACACGCCAAAAACUGAUAAAAUACAAGACUACAGCACUAUCGUUGUUAUGUUUAAUACAAUUAAAUGGAUAAUAUUAAUAAAUAAAUGAUGCAUGUUAACUUCGAUGCCAUUUAAAUGUGCAGAGACAAACCAUUUGAGGGUGUAAAUUCAACAAACUUUAAUUGAAAUACAGUUAGAUUCUUUAAAUGCAACAUUAACUGAGACAUUUAUACAAUGCAGUAUAUGACAAAUAUAAUAAAUACACCUCUAACAUCAAACAAAACAGCUCACAUUAAAGGGAUAGUUCACCUGAAAAUGUAUUCACCCCCAUGUUGUUCCAAACCUUUCAUGAUAUUUUGUAGAAAGUACCACCACUGACUUCCAUAUUAUUUUUUUCCAUUCAAGAAAGA